AUGCGAAUCUUUGUUCUGACCCUGACCAUACUGGUUGUCGGCGCGUUGGCGACAGAGGCUGCGUACUCUGUCGGCUGCUUCCCCGCCAACGAGCGCCACCUGGAGACUAUCAACAUUGUGCACAACAACUGGACGACAUCGCGCCUCAGCGCUGCCAUUGCGAGGAUCUUCCUUGAGGAAAAGCUUGGCUUUCGGACAACCGAUACCGAGCUGGUCACCGAGCAAGAGGUGUUUGACCGUCUGCAUCAUGGCACGGCCGACAUUUUCCUCGAAGCCAACCCAGUGGACGUUGGCGAUCUUAUCGAGCAAUUCGUCACCGUGGAACGCAGCAUCUUGGAUGUCGGCCCGCUCGGAGUUUACCAGGAGUUUGGAUGGUACAUCCCCGAUUACGUUUGGAAUGUCAGCAACGUGCUGGAUACAUACACUGGCUUUUUCAGCGACGAGAGUGUCAUUGCUUUGUUCCAUCUGGAUUCCGUGCCGGUCGACUUUCAACUGGAGAACAUCACUUUGAUCUCGGCGUUCAAGUCCAUCGACGACGUCAUGGCUAGCGCCGCAUGCAAUUCAACCUUGAACGCGACCGUAUCGGUGACCGACUGCAAAGCGGCUAUCGAGGGUGUCAUCACCUUCAUGCGCAACGAGGCGCACUUGAACUUUGCCGACGACCUCGUCCCUUUGUGGACCAUGCCCGAUUCUUAUGAGACCCUGGACGCCACCAUCAUCCGCAAUCUUGGCUUGUCCAUGGAAAUCGUCGUCCCGAUUCCCUCAAACCUCGACAAGACUCAGACGGAAGAGGCCCUCGUUGAAUUGCUUCGCGAUUCGUACGCUGCCAGGAAGCCGUUCAUUUCGUACUUUUGGGAGCCUCAAUACCUCUUUUCACACGAGUCACCUGUCAAGCUUCGUCGCGUACAGCUACCAGACUAUGAUGCUGACUAUUGCAACAUUUCCAGCAGCAAUUAUCGGUGCGAGUAUCAACCGAAUGUAAUGCGCAAGAUGGUCUCGUCCAAGCUUCCUGCAAAGAAUGAGAUUGCGUUUGAUCUGGCCAAAGUCCUGCACUACGAUGAAAAUGAGCUGGAGGACAUGCUCGGUCGCAUGGAGUAUGAUGGCAUGUCUGUCGACCAAGCGGCUUGCAAUUGGGUGCUCAACAACUUUGAGUCGAUGGAGACACUGCUGCCCGAUCCGUCUCGCCUUGUUACGCCCUCGGAGGUCAACGGCAGCUUGCGCAUCGCCUUUGUCAUUCUCGCCGCUCUGCUCAUCGCCUUCUUCUGCGUUCUGGCUGCUGGUACCUUCCACUACCGCCGCGUUCGUGUGGUGCUGUCUGCAAGCCCCGUGUUCCUGAUGCUGAUGCUGCUUGGCGCUGCUUGGUCCAUGUUCUGGGUCAUUCUGCUCUACGACGACGCGCCGACCGACGCGAUCUGCAUUGCUCGCAUCUGGGCCCGCCAUCUCGGCUUUAGCCUGGUGUUUGGCGCCCUUGCUCUCAAGACCUACCGCAUUGCUGCCAUCUUCAACGUGAAGGCCACCAAAAAGUCCCACCAGCUGACCAACGUUCGCCUUCUGGUCCGAUUUGGUGAAAUCAACCUCUACGUGUGCGCCUUCCUGCUGACGUGGACGGUGGCCGGCGCUCCCACAGCGACAACGCUGGUGUCUCACAACAACAGCUAUGCCGUCUGCAGCAUCACUUGGUGGGACAAUGCCAUGUACCUGCAAGAGCUUGCGGCCAUGCUUGGCCUCGCGUUCCUGAGCUACCGCGUGCGCAAGGCACCCUCUGCGUUUAACGAGUGCAAGCACAUGGCGCUCGCCGUGUACAACUGGAUUAUCAUUGGCGUUAUUCUUCAGCUCAUCCUGAACUCGACCACUGGCACGGCCGACUUUUACUUUGCCAUCCAGUCGCUCGAGGUGCUCGUGCCCGUUCCGAUUGCCAUUCUGCUUUUGUUUGUGCCCAAGUUCUACCUGACGCUGCGUGGCAAGGGCAGCGAGGUGACGACCUCCAGCUUCCGCGGAUCGAAUCCGAACGGCAGCCACCCCAAGACUCCUUCUGACCCGAGCAACUCGAAUGCCAAGGCGGCGUCUGGCGACAUGGAAAUGUCGUCUGGCAAUGGUGUGGAUAGCGAGACUGGCAGGCCUGAGCUGAGUGGCAAGGCAGCAGCAGCUGAAUACAAGAACAUUCGUCGCGAGAACAUUCGCCUGAUGCGCGAGAUGGAGGCAAUGCGCACUCAGCUUCUGCGCUUGCACAAUCCUCACUCUGGCACCGUAGAAGUCAUGUAG